AUGAUCAAAUUGGAUGUAAGGAUGAUUCAGCACAUGAAGGCCAAUAUAUCACGCAAUAUAAAAGGAUUCAACCUUUCUCUUCGCUAUCUUUCCCCCCCACCCCCCGGCAGGCCGACAUCUGUCACCAUAAAGGUCGAGCUGUGCAGUUUUAGUGGGUACAAGAUCUACCCGGGACACGGGCGGCGCUACGCCAGGACUGACGGGAAGGUUUUCCAGUUUCUUAAGGACAAAUGUGAGUCCGCAUUCCUUUCCAAAAGGAACCCUCCGCAAAUUAACUGGACUGUCCUCUACAGAAGAAAACACAAGAAAGGUCAGUCGGAAGAAAUUCUAAAGAAAAGAACCAGCCGUGCAGUUAAGUUCCAGCGGGCCAUCACGGGCGCUUCUGUGGCUGAUAUAAUGGCCAAGAAGAAUCAGAAACCAGAAGUUAGGAAAGCUCAGCGAAAGCAGGCUAUCAGGGCUGCCAAGGAAGCAAAAAAGGCUAAGCAGGCUUGGAAGAAGACAGCAAUGGCUGCUGCCAAGGCCCCCACAAAGGCAGACCCUAAACAAAAGAUCCUGAAGCCUGUGAAGGUCUCUGCUCCCAGAGUUGGUGGGAAACGCUAAUUUGGUAGAUGAGAGUUUAAAAAUAAAGAUUUGUCUUUA